AUGAGUGACAAAGACAACACGACUAGAAGCCAAAGUGAAGCAUUUGGCCCAAUCUAUAUAAUUGAGCCAAUUGAAUCACACACCCAUACAGCAAUCCUCCUCCACGGUCGAGGAAGCAACGGCGAAGAGUUUGCCCAAGAGCUCUUCGAAGAGACUUUACUAUCGGAUCAGUCCAGCCUCGCGCAGAAACUACCUAAUUGGCGAUGGGUGUUUCCUUCUUCCCGUGAGCUGUGGAGUACGGCUUUCCAAGAAAACAUGCCUGCGUGGUUCGAGGCCCAUUCUUUGACGGAUACUACUGCUCGACAAGACCUUCAAAUUCCGGGCAUCAAGCAGUCGGUCAGUUACGUCAAGAUGAUUCUAGAACAGGAAAUUGAGGGACUUGGUGGAGAUGCAUCAAAGGUGGUUCUGGGUGGAAUUAGUCAGGGUGCAGCAGUAGGAAUGUGGACGUUGCUUUGCCUGGACUCCAUUGAGAGGCCACUCGGCGCAUUCUUCGCUACAAACACUUGGCUUCCCUUUGCUUCCAGUAUCGGAAAAUAUCUAUCACAUGAACCAACGUCACCUAUGGAUGCAGGAACUGAGCUUGUCGCUGGGAUGUUGGCUCAGUCAAAGGUCUCACUUACGCAAUCUCGAGAAAGGCUCCCAUCAACGACUGUCUUUCUUGGUCAUGGAACCGACGAUGCGUAUGUUGAUGUCGAACUAGGAAGAAAGGCGCGAGACAUCAUUAUUCAGGCUGGUUUUACGGUUGAGUGGAGAGAAUAUCAGGGAGCAGAACAAGAGGGACAUUGGUUCAAAGCACCAGAAGAAGUUGACGAUCUGCUCAACUUUCUUGUGACGCACGUGGAAAAAUCGUGA